UAUUUGGCGGGGCUCGCGCGCAGCUCGCGCUCUUUCCCCACCUGCGCGUUACUUUCUCACCUCCGUUAACGUUACCUAAGAACUACCAGAACGUUUUUUUUUUCUUUCCCAAGAACAACUUGUUUACUUGUUUUUUUUUUUCCUUUACGUUGGUUUGUUCAGUCGUGUUUUAGGGACACCGGUUGGAUUACUGCGCGUUAUCUGUUUCGCCGCUUUGUACCUGUUACGACUUGUAAGGACGUGCGUGUGUGUGUGUGUGUGUGUGUGUGUGUUUGCGCGCGCACUCCCAGGUGCAGUUCGGGCGCGGCUACAGCGCAAAAAAAAAAGUGUCGCGAGCGUGGUAGCGCCAUGGCUGUGAACGAGAGGGCUGCGCGAGCUCUCAGGGACAUCAUCAAGCGGCAAGGCAACGAAACUUGUGCGGACUGCGGCGCUCCCGACCCAGAAUGGGGAUCCUGUUCCUUGGGAGUGUUUAUUUGCCUCAUUUGUUCCGGCAUCCACCGGAACAUUCCCAACAUCGGAAAGGUCAAAUCUGCUCUGCUGUCCAACUGGGAGGACUCGGAAGUUCAGUUCAUGGCGGAGAAUGGAAACGAGGCUGCCAAAAGUAAAUUCGAGGCUUAUGUGCCGGUGUACUACUAUAAACCCACUCACAAAGACUGCCAAGUCCUGAAAGAGCAGUGGAUCAGAGCUAAGUACGAGCGCCAGGAAUUUACCCAAGACACGAAGCCUCUGGUGUACGAAAAGGGGACCAGAGAUGGGGUGCUAAUGAAGAGAGGGCGAGACAACGGGCAGUUCUUCAGCAGACGAUUCGUCCUGUCUGAGAGGGAAGGGACACUUAAGUACUACACAAAGUUUGAUGCUAAAGAACCUAAAGCUGUAAUAAAGGUGGACACCAUCAACGCCUCAUUUCAACCGGAGAAGAUCGGCAACCCUAACGGCCUCCAGAUCACUUACCUGAAAGACUACAACACACGCAACAUCUUCCUCUAUCACGAACAAAGCAAGGAAAUAGUGGACUGGUUUAACUCGAUUCGAGCCGUCCAGCUUCACUACCUGAAAGUAGCUUUCCCCGGGGCUUCCGACCUCGAGUUAAAACCCAAAUUGACGCGAAACUUCCUGAAAGAAGGCUACAUGGAGAAGACAGGGCCAAGGCAAACAGAGGGUUUUAAGAAGCGCUGGUUCACACUGGACCACAGGAGAUUAAUGUACUUCAAGGAUCCUCUGGAUGCAUUUGCUAAAGGUGAGGUGUUCCUGGGUCACAGAGACCUGGGUUACAGUGUCAGUUCUGGCUUACCAGCCAGCACCCAAAGAAACGGCGCCUGGCAACAUGGCAUCACCAUAGUGACACCUGAACGCAGUUUUCUGUUCACCUGUGAGACAGAGGUGGAGCAGCUGGAUUGGCUGAAGCACUUUAAUCAAGUCAUCAGCUUGCCGAUGUCGCCGCAGGAGUACAGCAUGGAGGCCCUCUUCAAGCAUAAACACUGACUGAUUCACGCACUUUUCUUGACCCCAGACCCAUCACCUCUUGAUAUACUCGAGAAUGAAACACUACUUGUUUAUUUUUAUACAUUGGAGUAUUUGAGUACUUUAAGAGCUAGUGUGUUUACUGUAAUUACCAAGCCAAGCAGCCAAGGAGAUCAAGACCCAUUUCAAUACUGGUCACUUUAAAAAGUUUUUUUUUUUUUUUUUGCUUUCUUUAUUGUGUAUUUUUUGGAUAUGAUAUGAAUUGUGUUGUUGUGCAUUAAUUAAUACAUAAUCUAAUCCAACAAACUACUGAUGUGAAAUAUUGGUCCUAGUUUAAAUUGCUGAGGUGGAGAUUUGUUUUGUCUUGAGGUGCCCUCUACUGGUGAGGUUAUGCCUUGUAAUGCUGAGUUUUUUUUUAAUGGAAAAAUCCACCUUGCUUGACCUGUAUAUCAAUAUUAUAAUUAUCUUGUUUAGCAAAGUAUUGAUAUUCUGACUUGUUUGGGUUAAACUCAAUGCUUCCCUUAAUUCAUCUUCUAGAGACAGUGAUGCAGCAGCACUUUAAGGCCUUAACAAAGAUGAAGCCGCUGUAGAAAGCUUACAGGCCUCUCUGUUUUGUUUUUGCUCUUCUCCAGAACUGCAGGUGGCACUAUAAAAAAAGUCAUGUAUCUUAAAAUACACUGGCAUGAUCACACCUCAUUUAUAACAACCAAUCACAUGCUUGGUCGCCUAGCGACCUGUCUACCAACGAAUUAGGUCAUGUUGUUUGUGGAAGUCAAACAAACAUUAUCUACGUAAUGUAAACGUAACUGUGCUAGCGAUGCCCACUUAUGACAACAGCGAGGGACUCGGACACUAACUCAUGUGAAUGUAAAAAAUAUAGCAUUACUACCUAACAAAAUAGCACCAGCAUCACUACAGACGUCUCAACAUUUUUCAAUAACUAGCUUCGGUUAUGGCUUUCAGGGUGGAUUUUUUUCCUUUAACAAGUUCAUGGCAUGCAGUGUAAUUAGUUCUUUUUACUUUUUAUACCUUUCUUGGCUUAAAAAUAACUUUCCACCAGAUGUUUAAUACAAAUGAAUGAUAAUGUAAUCUAAAUCUUCACAAUAAAUACACUGAACAGCAAUAGAA